ACUCCCCGCCUCCAAUGGUAAAACCCUAUCAUACACUUCCAACAGCGCCAUCUUGUGCAACUCCAACGAAAACUGUGCCCCUCUACGCUUCCACGUUUCGCCCUGCGCCCCCCUACACCCCCCCGCCUCAGGCCCAAAACUGCAGCACUCAGGACAAGAGGGUGAUAGAGUGGGAGUGUAGGGGGGAGAGGAGGAUACUUCCACCACCACCCCCGCCCCCUCCCCCGUACACCCCACGCAAAGAGGGGGUGAGUUGCACCCCAGGCUUGGCCUGCCAGGCGCCCCUGCUCAGGCGGGCGAGUGAGAAGGAGAGGUCAGGAAGAUCAGGGUCACCCCUGCCCUGUCCUCGAGCCAGCUCUCUGAAACAGAGAGCUCAAACACCCUUGGCGGUCCCUCUGAAAGGGAACCAGGCGGACCAGGGCUCCUCGCCCACCAAGGCCAUCUCCAGACCCACCUGCCUGGGCCAGGCUCAGGCUCAGCUAGGGGCUCAGCUUGGGGCCCUCCAUAAAAUUCUCUGCUCUGGGACCAACACCCCCAACAGCCAGCAAGCUCUCCCCCCUGGCCAGUGCCUGUCCGGGGCCCGUGGCUGCUCUGGCUCUGGAGGGGGCCCCACGGUUGGGCCCCUCACCUCCACCCAGGCUGACACCCUGAGGCAGGUGCAGGAAAUCCUGGGGGGGCUGGUGUCGGGGGCCAGGAGUAAACUGGAUCCGACCUGGGUAGCAGAGAAACUGAUGGGCCCCAACGGGCCCCUGCACGACAUCCGGAGCCUGCAGACCCAGCUGCACAGCAUGGAGGGGGUCCUGGAGACUAGCCAGAACACCAUCAAGGUCCUGCUGGAUGUCAUACAGGACCUGGAGAAGAAGGAGGCAGAGAGAGAUGGGAGACACUCCUACCGGACGGGUCAGGACAUAGAGAACUGUGGCACGUGCAGAGACUGUGCCUGCAUCAUAUACAGUGUGGAGCAUGACUUCCGGCUGCAGGAGGGGGCAGUAACCCGCACGUGGCGGGUAGGAGACCCUCCAGAGGGCUCCCCCCUAGCCGCUGUGACCCCCCAGCCCACCACGCCACACCGCCAGGACUCACCCCUGCCGGUGACACCGGCACGCCCCCCUCACAGCGGCAAGAAGAGCCGGAAGAAGUGCUUUUGGUUCUUGUGAAUUUUAAAAAGGGGAAGAGUAGGGAAGGACACCAUGAAUUAGGACACUCCUUCUAAAGACUGCGGAGGACUGAGUGGUAGUGUGUGGAGUGUGGGGCCCAGAUAUGGAAGGAGAGAGAAAGAUAAAAACGGACGCUUAAAACUAGUGUUUUAACAGAAGCAGCAAACAAGAGGGGAAAUGAAAAAAAAAUGGAAAAAAACUGAGAUAUAAAAGGGAUAUUAAAGAGGUAUGAUGGCAGUUAAAGGACCUGGAAGACCCAUAGUGUGGUGAUGAAUGGAAUCUGUUUUGAUCCUGACGUGUUUGAACUGUAUAGAACGGAGAGUGGAACAUGCAUGUGUUGUCGUAGCGCCAAAAUGCCUCUUCAGCACCUGAGAUCAGUUGUUCGCGCGGGAGGGAUGCACUGUCAAAUGUGCUGAAGUCUUCUGGAAAAAUUGACCUACCUGGUAGGGGCAAUUAUAGAAAUGAAAGUGUAGAAGAUGAAAAGGAAAAAGGUAAGGAGAAAAGAAAGGAUAGGGAAGUGACUAAGUAUAAAAGGCUAGGGAGUCAAAACGAGAGCAAAAGAAUGAGUGUACAGAGAGAAGAGAGGAAGGAUCCAUCCUCAUCACUAAUGGACAAAUGAGGGUCAGAACACCAGCUUUUAUAUCCAGAGAUGUUUCAGCCAAUCAAUUAUUAUGAUGACCCUUAUUUCAAACUUUUAAUAGAGUUGAUCAUUCAAAAACUACACACACAAGGUCAGGCUGAGAAAUGCACCACAAGAAAAAGUGAGGGUAAAAAAAAGAUUAAAGUGUACGUAAAACAGAGUGAUCUACUGCUUGAAUUGCUAUAUUUCAGAUACGGAUUACUGGUCUAUAAACUAUUUUACCACAAUUUGUUUGCUUUAUGUCCUUUAUGCUCUCAUUGACUUUUAACAGGAUGAAGUAUAUAGCACCUAUAGCACUAGUACUUACUUUAUUGCAAGUCGCAAUGGAAAAGUAUGCGCUGGGUGCCAUAUAUUAUGAGUGAAUAAUCACUUCAACUUCAGUAAGACUGUGGUCGUGACACAAUGGUGUUUCAACGAACAACUGUUCUGCAUGCCAAUACAUCGAUUGGGAUGAAACGCCUGUUGACCUCAAGCGAUGCAGGACCCGAAACAUUAUGCAACCCAACACAAGAAGAUGCAGAAGCAGUGCAUUAUGGUCCCCCAGAUGGCUUUGCAGACCCACUUGUCCUGUACGCUCCGGGGCUCGUCUCACAAAAUUAAGCCACAGCUGCUUGACGACUGCAAACGACCAAAAACACAGCAGAUUCCUCGUUAGUGAUGGUCUUCUCAUCGUG